AUGGUCAUUCUUACCGGGUGGAUGUAUACUUUGUAUGGCUACAGUUUCAUUUAUAAUGCUUAUUUAUAUCAUUUGACCAGAAUCGAUCAUAGACAUAAUUUUUCAGUAUAUAAUGUGGCAUUAUAUUACAAAUCUGCAGUUGAACAAAUUGUUAAUGAUCGACAAACAAAAGGAUUAAUAUCACAUGUUGUGGACAAUUUUGAAAGAUAUGCAUUUGUUCCCCAACUUUUGAUUAGUGGAAUUCUUAUUCCAUUAUCAUUUGCUAAAACUCAGUUACUUUGCUCCCUUUUCCUUCAAACGUUUGCAUUCGUUACGUUCAACAAGGUCAUCACAUCUCAAUACUUCAUUUGGUUUCUUAUUUUCCUUCCCAAUUAUCUUGCUGGCUCAAAACUUCUACAGAAAUCAUACUUAGGACUUGGUUUAACGUUACUAUUGAGUUGGGUCGCAACCCAAGGUCUUUGGCUAUACAAUGCCUACAAUUUGGAGUUUCUAGAAAAAAUUGUGCCCUUUGAACUCAAAGCUAUCAUUGGUAUUAAACUAACAGGAUCUCGUAUUAGCAAGGAAUUGAUAGUUGCAUCGAUCAAGAUGUCACGAAUGGAAUUAUAUUCACCCGAAGGGUUGCGUAUAGAUGGAAGAAGAUGGAACGAAUUGCGUAAAUUUGAGUGUCGAAUCAAUACUCAUCCGAGCUCAUCGGAUGGUUCUUCAUAUGUUGAACAAGGAAAUACAAAAGUUAUAUGUAUGGUACAAGGGCCCAUGGAACCAGCAUUGAAGUCUCAAACUGAUUCUGAACGGGCGACUUUGGAAGUUAAUCUUUCGAUAGCAUCAUUUUCCACCGUAAACAGACGGAAACGACAGAAGAAUGAAAAACGGUUAACUGAAUUAAAGUUAACCUUGGAAAGAACAUUCGAACAAAGUAUUAUAUGCAAAUUGUAUCCUCGUACGAUCAUUCAAGUUAAUUUAAAUGUUUUGGCCCAAGAUGGAGGGAUGUUAGCAGCAAUGACAAAUGCAGUAACAUUGGCCAUGAUCGAUGCAGGUAUUUCAAUGUAUGAAUAUGUUUCAGCGGUGGCUGCUGGAUUACACAACGAUUCACCUUUGUUGGAUCUUAAUACUUUGGAGGAGAAUGAUCUUAGUUGUCUUACUGUAGGUGUUAUUGGAAAGAGUGAGAAGUUGGCUUUACUUUUACUAGAAGAUAAGAUGCCAUUGGAUAGAAUAGAAUCUGUUCUAAGUAUUGCUAUUGCAGGGGGCCAUAGAAUACGUGAUUUGAUGGAUAAUGAAGUACGGAAACAUGGUAACUUAAGAGUAGCAAAAUUGGGUAACAGUUAA